GCUAAAAAAAUAACUUCGGUUCGGAACCAUUAAACGGCUCGCAGUUUCAGGCGGAAUAUAUUCCAGACGGACGUUGUUGCCACAGGCAGCCGCUGGCGUCGUUUUGAGUCAACUUUUCGGUUUCCUUUUUCAAGUUUUUGCAACAUGAAAGCUCUGAAUACUACCGAGGCCCGUGAUUUAAAAACUAUUUGAUGAUAUUCAACUCGAGUUGCUCGUCGUUAACAGCAUGAAACCUUGUUCACCAAUGCAGAGCGGAUUAUCAUCCAUGUUUUUCUUCGACGGUGCGCGAAGCGCGUUUUAAAUUCUCGGUCAACCCUGCUGCCAAGUGCCUGACCGAAACACAAAAUGUUUCUGAGACGAUGAGCCCCUUCUUCAUGAGCUUGUCUACGUUGAGUCGCAAUGACAGAGCGCUGUCCGUUAGCAGAAAAGGCGUUGUCGGAGGGUUACGCUCGUCUCAGAUUCAAGGACACAUCCCUGGUUAUUUGGCAGCAGCAACAGAUGGAGCUGGAGAAAGCACCACCGAGCAACUACCUGAGCCGCAGUCGGAGUACACGCUACAGCCAGUACGGCAACCAAGCUGUGGUAAUACGAGACAAAACCAAACUCGAGACAAAAGACUCUGACAGCAGUGGACAAUCCAGAAUUUGUUCUGUCAUGUGACUGUUACUAUACACUGUUUGACGUCAUCUGUUUGAACAGUCUGGAAUUUUACAUGUAAACGGCCAUACAGUAUUUAUAUUUAGCUUUUUAUAUAGUCACAUUGCCGUAGGCAGAUAACAUAACAAUGCCUUGAACUUGGCUUAUAAACAUCUGAAAACUGCA